AUGACGACCCCACAAGUAGAGCACGACGGUCAAUACGUAAACAACCACAGCCCGACAGCCAACUACAUGGAGUCCAAGGUAGAAAGCCACGAGGAUGCUCUCCGCCACGUGCGGACCGCCGGCACCAUUUCCUUGACGCCGGAGCUGUUUGAGAAGCUAUAUCUGUCACCGCAAAAUGCGGUCAAGGGCGAGCUCAGGAAGACCUUUGGCAAUCCUACACCAAUUGCUAUGAUCGGCUUCCUUACCUGUCUCACACCUCUCGCUUGCCAGCUCAUGGGUUGGCGUGGAAGCGGCCUAAGCGGCCUUGCUACAGUCGGUGCUACAUGGUUCAUGGGCGGUCUUCUCCUGCUCCUGGGAGGCCUGCUGGAGUGGAUCCUCGGAAACACCUUUCCCGCCGUCGUCUUCUGCUCCUUCGGCGGGUUCUACCUGGCCUUCGCCGCGACCCUGACCGAGAGCUUCGGUGCAUAUGCGGGCUACGCGCCAACGGGCGGGCCAGCUUCGGCCGGCAUGGCCACGACGGGCUUCAACGCUGGUUUCGGCUUCUUCAUGCUCUGGAUGGGAUUCAUGUGCCUCAUCUACCUCAUCUGCGCCCUGCGGACCAACGUCUGCUUCGUCGUCAUCUUCCUGAGCCUCCUUUGCGCCUUUGGCUGCCUGGCAGGAGCGUACUGGUCCCUGGGCGAGGACUAUACCGGCAAGGCCGGGUACGCGGGCAAGCUUGUCAUCGCGGCUGGAGCCUUCCUCUUCGUGGCCUGUGUGUCUGGCUGGUGGAUCUUCUUUGCCAUCAUGCUCGAGGCGCUCGACUUCCCGUUCCAAGUCCCCGUGGGCGAUCUCAGCACCCUUAUUGUCGGCCGCAAGGCUCGCCAACAGCAGAAGGGCGAAGUGUAA